CGCUCGCCAGCUGUUCUGAAGGGAAGGAGGAGAAAAGCAGCGCCGUUCAGUCCGCUGUGGGGCUGUGGGGCAGCGGGGCUGUGAACUUCCACGCCGAGCCGUUUUCUGGAAAUAAGCGAGCGGCAACACCUAGACACCCGACUGUCUGGCCGCGUGUGGAGCGCCGUUAUUAGCCGUAGUCCCACUCGUCGGCGGGUUUCGCUGUCUGGCCGCAGGCUUUGUGUCCGGAGCUCGAGCGAGGCGGCGCGGAGCCUGCAACCGGAGAAGAGGCGCUGCUGGCCGGACUCAGGGCUGGAUGCGCCCGGCCUGCUCCUCCCCAGCGGCCCGCCAUGGGGGAGACCAAAAUCAUCUACCACCUCGACGACCAGGAGACACCUUACCUGGUCAAACUCCCCAUCCCGGCCGAGAGGGUCACCCUGGCCGACUUCAAACAGGUCCUCAAUAAGCCGAAUUACAAAUUUUUCUUCAAAUCGAUGGACGAUGAUUUCGGGGUUGUUAAGGAAGAGAUAUCAGAUGACAACGCCAAAUUACCAUGUUUCAACGGCCGUGUAGUGUCAUGGCUGGUGUCAGCAGAUGGGUCCCAUGGUUCAGAUGGAGGUUCAGGUUGUGGUGCUGAAAGCCAGGCGGAACUGCCUCCUCCGUUAGAGCGGACGGGAGGCAUCGGGGACUCUAGACCACCUUCGUUCCAUGCCAAUGCAGCGGGCAGUCAGGACAACCUGGACAAUGAUGCGGAGCCGGAGGUUGGGCCAUCAGUGCGAAGAGACAGAGACAGAGAGAGGGACAGAGAAAGAGAAAGAGAGAGACCCCGCAGGAAAGACACCCAUGACCAUGGCGGCAGGCUGAAUGGUCACUCUCGGCCAGAGCGAAGGCCCGAGAUUGCAGGCUAUGAGAGCUCCUCAACGUUAAUGAGCAGUGAAUUGGAUACCACAAGCUUCUUCGACUCAGAGGAGGACGACUCCGCCAGCCGCUUCAGCAGCUCCACGGAGCAGAGCACGUCGUCCAGGCUCAUGAGACGCCAUCGCCGUCGCCGACGGAAACCCAAAGCGCCGCGGAUGGAGAGGUCGUCCUCGUUCAGCAGUAUAACUGACUCCACCAUGUCUCUGAACAUCAUCACUGUCACAUUAAACAUGGAGAAGUAUAACUUUCUGGGCAUCAGUAUUGUGGGUCAGAGUAACGAGAGAGGGGACGGAGGGAUCUACAUCGGCUCCAUUAUGAAGGGUGGAGCGGUGGCGGCGGAUGGGCGCAUAGAACCAGGGGACAUGCUGCUCCAGGUAAAUGACAUAAACUUUGAGAACAUGAGCAAUGAUGAUGCUGUGAGAGUGCUGAGAGAAAUAGUGCACAAGCCAGGCCCCAUCACAUUGACCGUGGCCAAGUGUUGGGACCCGAACCCCCGCGGAUGCUUCACCCUACCCCGGAGUGAGCCGAUCCGUCCAAUAGACCCUGCUGCGUGGGUGUCUCACACAGCGGCGAUGACGGGGGCGUACCCUGUGUACGGUAUGAGCCCUUCCAUGAGCACCAUCACCUCCACCAGUUCUUCCAUCACCAGCUCCAUUCCAGAGACCGAACGGUUCGAGGAGUUUCAUCUGUCCAUCCACAGUGACAUGGCAACCAUUGCCAAAGCAAUGGCAUCACCGGAGUCAGGGCUGGAGGUGCGGGACAGAAUGUGGCUGAAGAUCACCAUCCCAAACGCCUUUAUAGGUUCAGAUGUGGUGGACUGGCUCUUUCAUCAUGUGGAAGGUUUCACUGACCGGCGAGAAGCACGCAAGUAUGCGAGCAACUUACUGAAGGCUGGCUACAUCCGCCAUACUGUCAACAAAAUCACAUUCUCCGAGCAGUGCUACUAUAUCUUUGGAGAUCUCUGUGGAAACAUGGCUAAUCUCACCCUGCAUGACCAUGAUGGUUCUAGUGGGACAUCUGACCAGGACACUUUGGCCCCCCUGCCACACCCUGGUGCGGCCCCAUGGCCCCUUGCCUUUCCCUACCAGUAUCCCAUCCCUCACCCGUACAAUCCUCACCCACUGCACGAGCCCACUUAUAGCUACACAGCUGGCGGAGGCAGUGCUGGCAGCCCACACAGUGAAGGUAGUCGCAGCAGUGGUUCAAACCGCAGUGGCACUAAAGCAGGCGCGCUGGAGACAAAGUCUGGCGGCAGUGGGAGUGAAUCGGACAAAAGAGAGAAGGCCCCCAGUGAGCGCUCAGCGGCGCCCCCUAGCGAGCACAGCGUCCGCAGCAUACACAGCGUCCGCAGCAUCCAGUCACACGGCCAAAGCGUGGUUUACGGACCUCCGGGCCUUCCCCCACAGCCUCCCCCUGUAGCAGCCGCGCCUGGAUCUCCUCCGGGCCGGGAUUUAGCCUCAGUGCCCCCAGAACUCACAGCCUCACGCCAGUCCUUCCGCAUGGCCAUGGGAAACCCCAGCGAGUUCUUCGUAGAUGUCAUGUGAUGAGCUUCACAUGGACGCUGAGGGUUGACUUUGACAGCUGAAUAGGAGGAGAGAGGCUUCUGCAGUGAUAUUGACCCAUGUACGUGACAACGAGGGCAGUGUUAAGUGUCCCACGCAUUAUCCCUCCCGUGUACUUUCUUCAGUGAAGAAUACUCGGCUAGAUGGAGCACUCCCCCUUUAGAAGAUCCCUCAGAGGCUGGCUCUGCAGGGAUAGAGGGAUGGGGGUCAGAGCGAGGUGAAAGCUUUUUGUUCCGUGUCCCUUUUUAUGUACUUUUUCCAGCAUUUGCAGACUUUUUUUUUUUCUCCCGCCAGUUUUCCUUAGCCUUGGUCAAAAAGCCCUUUAUAUCAAAAACUACUAAAAACAAGAGCAACAAAUAGGACGAGGGAGAAUGAAGGGAGGUGUUCUCUCUCACGGUGACUUGUCUUUUGCUUUUAAAGGAUGAAGUGAAAUCAUUUCAUAAUGAUUUAAAAAUGAAAGCAAACACUAUCAUGAGAAAACUAUAGACAAUUGUUUUAUAUUUGUCUUUUUUUUUCUUUGUCAGUAGUUGUACGGAGAGUGGGAAGGAGAGGAGGGGCUACAAAUCCUGUCUGUUGACUUCACUAAAUUCGUAGUGACUCUUUUUAAAUUGAGUUGAAAGAAUAUUAGCUUAAAAAAUAAGACAUUUCUUAAUAAAACAAGGGUUUCAACUGUGGCUGCAACUAUUUUCUCAGUAUAUUCUCAGUUCAUUAUGAUUUUGAUAAAUCUGUUAAUCAGAAUGAGAAUAAUACCGUAAAAUAAUCAACAUUAGUAGUAAUAUUGUUAUACAGUAUAAAGAGCUAGAUCAUAUCUGUAAAAAAAAGAAAAAAAAAGACUUUUAUGAAGGAUACAGCAACAGAUCUUAUGCAUUGAUCUUGAAAACAGUAUGAAAGAUGCAGAAACAGUAAAGGAACUAAUCAUUUUACCUUAAUACUAAAUUAUCACUGAGGUAAUUUGUUUAUUUUAGGCAUGUACAGACAGUGACAUGCAGUUUUGACUUUGGACUAUAGUAUCAUGCUGAGCUUUUACAUGGAUGCAACUGAGAAAACAAAUUAACUUGAUUAAGGGGACAGUGAGCACACUUGCCUGGAGCGGUGGGCAGCCCUAUCCGCAGCACAUGGGGUUAGGUGCCUCGCUCAAGGACACCGGAGUCAUGUACUGUCGGCUCAGGGGGGUCAAACCGGCGACUUUCCAGUCAUAGGGCUGGAUCUCUAACCUCCAGCCCAUGACUGCCCCCAAAUCGCCCAAUAUUUAUGAUGAUCUUAAAGCUUCACUAUUCACUCACAUUCCUGGAAAUCACGUCCUUCAUCAAGUUUUUAGUUCUCUGGGAAAACUCUUUCUUAACGCACUCAGAAUCAUAAGAUUUGUCCACUUGGGAAAGGGGUCCAAAGCACAACACAUGCAAAAUGCUCUUCCACACGCUGUCUGCAGUUACACAAUAUGACCAGAGAGUCCAAAUCCCCAAAACCUAGAUAGUGUAGCUUUAAAGUGGUGUUUCUGUAUUUUUUUACUUUUUAAUUUGUCCGUUAUCUUUAUUUUCUUAAAUUAAGGUACCGUUAGAUGAAAAUUAUAAGGAUUGUCAAGCCAGUUAUCAAGAUUCAAGGUCAGCCAUUAGUUAUUAUUAAUGUUACUGAUUUAAUUAAUUUGUUGUUGCAGCCCUAUUUAUAGCAGUUUCAGUGCUUUGGCCCCUAACUAAAUAAGCUGAUAUGGAAAGCACACAAAUUUAGUACCGUCCUGCACAUCACCUCUAUUUAAUGAUGACCAUAACAUGAAGUUUAAUUUAACAGACAAGCUGUCAGGCUCAUGCAGAAAUUUGCGACACAUGAAUGAACAAAUAAGGAAGAACGUCACCCUCGUCUCUCUCUCUCUCACUCUUCCCAAGCAAUCCAUCACUUACAUAUCUUCCUCUUGUUUUAUCAAUAACAUUAACAUUCUGUAUUUUUACAGUCUAAAGUUUCUUUGUAUUUCUGUAAACCUUCCAUUAUUUUUCCAAAAUACAUUUAUCGCAAGUUUGUAAUGAUUAGAAACCGAUACUGUGCAGUAUCAAAUGGUUCAAUUUAAUCAUCACUGUACACUGUUUUAUGCCAAAACAAAUUGUUUUUAUUUAUAAACAUAGUUUUAUUGCCUAA